AGUUGUGGAUAACGCUAGUCAAGGUUCUUUUGUGCUAAAAAUGUGGUUUCAUAUUUGUGUGACAAACUAUGAAAUAUUUAGCUAUUGAUGAGUUGGUAAAGAAGUUCAAAGAGUGGUGAUCAUAUACUUUUUGCAAAUGCAUUUUUGUACGGUAAUACAGAAUCUUCUCCUAAAAAAUCAAGGCAGUUUCUUUGCAAUUAUGUUAUUGAAAAAGUCUUGGGUUUUGGAGAUACAAGGCCCUCGUGCAACUUGGAUGUUAAAGGGCAACAGUUCUUUUUGUUCUUUAAUAUUAGAGGCCAUUUGCUCUAGAUAUUCUGUUUAAACAUUUUCUUUUAAAGAAUUUUCUCCUUGUGCCUUCUUGACUUGAUUAGACACAGGACUGAUAUUCAGUAGUAUCUUUUUCUGCUCUUUGUUUUCCUUUUUCUUUUCUUAGGUGGGGAAGAGAGGACAAUUGAGUUCAUGGAAAGACAAGGACGGGCAAAAGCUCCAUUGUUAGGAUCUGAUUCUGAACCAGGAACUGUGAAACACCCUUUUCCUAUGAAUUAUGUCCUGAAACCAUGGAAACUUGGCCAAUGGUUUUACCAAGUUAUCAAAAUUGGCAUUGUUCAAUAUAUGAUAAUCAAGUUGUUGUCUGCUCUUUUAGCAUUGAUUCUUCAAGCUUUUGGAGUCUAUUGUGAAGGUGAUUUCAAACUGACUUGUGGGUAUCCCUAUAUGGCAGUGGUCCUCAAUUUCAGUCAGUCAUGGGCUUUAUACUGUUUAGUUCAAUUUUAUGCUGUCACAAAGGAUGAAUUGGAACACAUAAAACCAUUGGCCAAGUUUUUGACGUUUAAAUCCAUUGUGUUUUUGACUUGGUGGCAAGGUGUGGCAAUUGCUAUUUUUUAUUCCCUUGGUUUAUUUAGAAGUGUAAUUGCCGAAGGCUUGUCAAAGUCAAGCUUCCAAGACUUCAUCAUUUGUAUAGAGAUGGGUAUUGCUUCUAUUGUUCACCUGUAUGUAUUCCCUGCAAAACCUUACGAGCUAAUGGGAGAUCGCUUUCCUGGAACUAUUUCUGUCCUCGGAGACUAUGCAUCUACUGAUUGUCCUCUGGAUCCUGACGAGGUUAGGGACAGUGAAAGACCAACAAAGUUGCGCUUGCCUCAGCCUGAUGUUGAUGUUAGAAGUGGAAUGACCAUCAGAGAAAGUGUGCGAGAUGUUUUUGUUGGUGGUGGUGAAUUUAUUGUGAAUGAUGUAAAAUUCACAGUAAACCAAGCAGUAGAACCUGUGGAGAAGGGGAUUACAAAGUUCAAUCAGAAAUUACAUAAGAUCUCCCAACACAUGAAAAAAGAUAAGAGAAGAACUAAGGAUGAUAGCUGCCUUGCAUCAACACCCAGCCGGAGGGAGAUUCGUGGUAUAGAUGAUCCCCUGUUGAAUGGGAGCAUGAGUGAUAGUGGGGUUGCAAAGGGGAAGAAACACCGCCGGAAAUCAGGAUAUAAUACAAGUGGGGAGAGUGGGGGAGAAAGCAGUAGCGAUCAAAGUUAUGGUGGGUAUCAAACCAGGGGCCAAAGAUGGGUCGUCAAAGAUUAGCCUAGAUGGAUGGUGUUGUGAAGAUAUAAAGGAAAAAAUUUGCGUGAUGGUAACCAGCUCAUGCAUAAUUUGCAGGUUCCAUUAGUAGCUUCAUGAGGAGGCUGGCGGUUAUGCUUCCUGUCAAAUUUGCAGCUGGUUGUUUUAGCAGGGAUCUGAUCAAUGUUUGGCCAUCUUCACGCAUAACUAGUUUCUAUACUGUAAAGAUUUUGGAAUGAGGCUUGGUUUUUAUCAAGAAUGAAUGGAGUAAUGCAAUGCAUGGUCGGGCAUCCUUUCUUAUUUUUUAAGAGAUGCCCAUGUUUUGUGCCCCUGUCAAGCUUGGCAAUUAUUGUAAUGGUUUUGACUUUUGAGACAUUUUGAGCAGAUGUUAUUAUCUAUUUGCCCCCCAUCCAGAAAAU